AUGCGCAGACGAUCCUCUCUGCGAUCCACGAGUCUCGGCCAAGGAAUACGACCUCGGCAGGAGAAGCUCCUCCUCCUCGUCGAGGAGGUGGCCGGUCGGCCCUUGAAGGUCAGGAGCCGCAAGGCCGCCACUGAUACUCCGCAGGACGAGACCCGCCUGGCCUGGCGGUCGGUCCGAACUUAUGUCACCGCAAUCACGGAUCUUUACCGGACGCAGAAGGCCCUCGGAAUGAAUACGCACCCGUCGCCGCGCGAGGACAACCGGCACAUCGCCCGAGUGUCAUUUUCGGACCUCGUGGAUCUCCUCUUUGGCCAUUAUCUUCUCACCCGUGGCGGCGAUCGUCGGGCUGCAGAGAUCUCAGACCUAUUCACCUUUGAGUUUGCCGGGGAGGGCUCGACCCGGUGCAUGCCGCUCAUCUUUACGACACGAGCCGGCAAGCAGAACCAGCACGGCCGCCUCGAGACCGCCGGCGCGCGGUCCUCGUGGUACGACAUCCGGCUAAUCAAGGGUAACGGCACCGGCCGGACGGCGGCUUUCUCGUACAACUCACAGCGCGAGUGGGUUGUCAAGGCCUUCGCCUACGCCGGCGUCACGUCGCAGAAGAAGACGCAUGUCGGCCGCAGCUCGGGGGCGAGGACGGCUGAACUAAAGGGGAUUAGCGAAGACCAGAUCCGUCGCGCGGGUCGUUGGAACCAGGAGCAGAUGGUCGGCUGUUACCUGAACUCGUUGCCUCGCAAGUUCAUGCGUACGAUGGCCGGGCACCCGCCGCAGGCCGGAUGCUUCGAGAUACGCCGUGCCGGCGUGACGCCGCCGGAGGUCCUGCUCUCGAUGAUCUGGCCCGAGCUGGACCGUUGGCGAGGCCGGUUCGGUCCCGGUACCGAGCAGGAGAACGACCUGGCAGCGAUGGCCCCGUUUGGAACCACCCGGUCUUCCGGCAUCCGGCCUACGCCCCGUUCGCGCACCAGCUAUCGGACUUCAUCCUUGAAGAGGAGCGUCCAAGCCAGCUUGCAGUCCUAG